AUGUUAGCAGGUAAAACUAUUUUCUCAACAUUAGAUCUGAAGAGAGCCUAUCAUAAAAUACCGAUACACCCUGAACAUAUUCCUAAGACAGCCAUAACAACUCCUUUUGGUUUAUUCGAGUUUGUGAGAAUGAGUUUUGGACUCAAAAACGCAGCUCAAUCCUUCCAGAGGUUUAUUAACGAAGUGUUCUCAGGUCUAAACUUUUGUUUUGUGUACAUCGAUGACAUACUUAUUGCAUCAAACAACGAGGAAGAACAUAAAGAACACCUACAUCUUGUAUUCCAACGUCUACAAAAAUAUGGUUUAACUAUUAAUUUACAAAAAAGUAUUUUUGGUGAGAAAUCUGUGAAGUUCUUAGGCUACAACAUAUCUGAAGAAGGAACAUUACCAGAUAAGGAUAGAGUAGCAACCAUUCAAGAAUGCAAACCACCCAAAACCGUUAAAGAACUUCGUAGAUUCUUGGGUAUGAUAAAUUUUUAUAGAAGGUGGAUUCCUGGAGCAGCAAGAAAUCAAGGAAUACUAAACAACUAUUUAAAACAAUCAACAAAGAAUGACAAAAGACCAAUUCAAUGGACGACAGAAGCUGAGAAGGCAUUUGAGACUUGCAAAAAAAAACUCGCUGACGCUACCUUUCUCACACACCCACGGGGGAACACCAUACUUGCAUUAACUGCAAAUGCAUCGGAUAAUGCUCUAGGAGCAGUACUAGAACAGAAGGAAGUGAAUAACAACUGGGCACCAAUAGCUUAUUUUUCCAAACAAUUAUCAAAAGCUCAAAAAAACUACAGUACAUAUGACAGAGAAUUGUUGGCCAUUUAUACAGCCAUUAAACAUUUCAAAUAUAUGCUUGAAGGUCAAUCUUUCACCAUAUACACAGAUCAUAAACCUAUUGUAACAGCUUUUGAACAAAAAUCAUCCAAAGCUUCACCCAGACAGUUACGACAUCUUGAUUUUAUCAGCCAAUUUACAACAAACAUUGAAUACAUAGCAGGUAAAGAAAAUAUUACAGCAGAUUUUUUAUCCAGAAUUGAAGCUAUAGAUUUCCCUACCACAAUAGACUACGAUUCAUUGCAAGUACAUCAAGAGAAUGACCCAGAGCUACAGCAUCUAUUAACAACAUCUGGUAACACAAGGCUAAUAUUAAAAAAUUAA